AUGUCCAAUGGCCAGCCAAUCGCACAUCAGGGAUGCCCGACAUGCUUAGCCGCUUUUGCCGGCCAGUCAUGGGCGUCUCUCGGGGAUCGAUUGCCCGAAUUCAAAGAAUGUGUCAAGAUUUGUAAAGAAGAAAACUGCCAGAAUGGCAAUUCUGCGCUGUCAACGUUCCUCCGUCUUAUGCUAUGGACUUGCGCCGCCGAAUGCGACUACACCUGCCAACAUGUCAUCACGGAUCGCAGAGUGAACCGAGAAUUCCCAAUGCUACAACCCAUCGUGCAGUUUCAUGGCAAAUGGCCCUUCUAUAGAGUCCUGGGCAUGCAGGAGCUCUUCUCCGUUCUCUUCUCUCUUUUCAAUUUUCUGGCCCAUUACUACGGCUUGAGCUGGGUUCAAUCGUCCAUUCCAGCCUCGUAUCCGCUUCGCAAGUAUUAUGUUGGCCUUGCUUAUUGCGGAUUUGCUACCUGGACUUUCAGUAUGCUAUUCCACACACGGGAUUUCCCCCUGACCGAGAAAUUGGAUUAUUGGGCAGCUGGCGCAAGUGUGCUUUACGGCCUCUUUCUCGCCGUCAUCCGUAUCUUCCGCCUAGACAAAGAACGACCUCGUUUUAAACCGACGCUUCGCCGCCUUUGGACCUAUCUCUGUAUCGGACUGUACGUCGCUCAUGUAUCCUAUUUGACCUUCUGGUCCUGGGAUUAUACCUACAAUAUGAUCGCGAAUGUUGUCGUCGGAGUUCUUCAAAAUCUGCUCUGGACAGCAUUCAGCCUUUACCGAUAUAAACAAGACCCAAGGAAGUCAUGGGUUGCUUGGCCCGCCAUGAUUGUCGUCUGGGUCUCGCUUGCCAUGAGUUUGGAGCUUUUUGACUUCCCGCCGUGGUGGGGAUUAGUUGAUGCACACAGUCUGUGGCAUUUGGGUACAGUCAUACCCACUGCUUGGUGGUAUCUUUUUAUCGUCAGGGAUGCCCGGGACGACCUGACUACCGAGAGGUUGAAAGCUUGA